UCUUUUGAGUAGGGCUAGACAACUUUUUGUUGCGAACCCCAUCCUCAAGUGUUGGCUUACAAUUCCUUCUUUUCCUGUUUCUCAACAAUUUUGCAACCUUGUCAGCCGUCGUCACAGUACUAUAGCAUGUGUUCCCCAUACUGCCAAAUUCAAGGUGUUCUUUAUAGAUAUCCUUAAGGUUUCAGGCGUUUCUUGUUAUGUUUUCUAUGUGCUAAGAGUUGGAAUAGAUAACUCAUGGAAAGAGAUAGCUAGAAAAGAGAUAGCUGGAAAAGGAGCUCCCCUUCGUACCCAUAUGUUAACGAAUCCAGUAUGUAAUGGAGGCAAUGCUCUUUACUGGAUAUCAAAAAGGGAAGUGAUUGUGAUGGAUGUUGACAAGGAAAUCAUUGUACGAGAAUAUCCACAUCCUGCUAGAGCCAUGCUUUAUGAUCCGACUUAUUUAUGGAUGGGAGAUUUCCUUUCUUGCAUUGUGUCUGGAAAUUCUGAAUUAACAUAUGAAAUCUACAUUUUGGAUCUUGAUUCAGGAAUAUGGACUCUUUAUCACGAGAUGGGACCUUUUGAUUAUAUGGCUGCUUGUGGUCAUAAUCUUAAUUAUACAAUUAUGUCUUUUCGUUUGUGGAUCAAUGAUCAAAUUAUCUUUCGAGUAAGUCUACAUCAUAAUAGUUCACACGAAAACAUUCAUUUUGGUUACAAUGUGAAGACCAAACAGAUGACAAAGAUUGAUGACAUUGACAUGGGAAAUUUUAAUAUAUCUGUAUGGUCUCACACUAACAGUCUAGUUUCUCUGCCAACUACUCCUGCAUAGCUAAGUUUCAUGGCAUAGUAUAUCUAGUGGUAUUAUUUAUAUAUAUUCUAACUGAAAAACAAGUAUUUAUGUGUCAGUUUUGAUUUGGAAACACUUUGAGUUUGCUUAGAUAAUCUUUAGCUUUGCUUACUCUGGUAAAUGCUGAUUUGCUCGGACUUGAGGUGAAUCUUGUGUUUCCUAUCCUAUUUAUAUUUCAGUCGUUUAUUUAGGCUUGUAAUUAAGAUCUCAUGAGACUACUAUGUCACUGUUCAGGUCAUUGAUAAAAGAGUAUUUAGUGGAGAUGUUUAGUAAAGUUUUACAAUUUUUAGGCCACUGAUUGCUAAUAGAAACUACUAUGUUAGUGAAUUCUGAUGGCGUAUUUUUUUUAGACACUGCUAUAUAAUUUUCCCUUCUUAUUGAUGUUCUUGCUGAACUGUUGAAACUAUACCUGUUAGUUUUGAAUUUGAUUAUAAGCUCAUUUUUUAGGC